UCCUCCUCCUUCCGCCCGUCUUCCGCAAGAUGGCGGGGAGCGCCGUGCCGAGCGGCGGCGGCGGGCUCGUUCUCUGCGGGGCUUGAGGGAGGCCGGGUUACCGCCAGCGGCCCGAGAGGCAGGGAGCCGCGGCCGCCCCUGGAGAUUAGUUCUUUUGAAGAUUGAACACUUGGAGAGGAAAAUGACAUCGAUUAUCAAGUUGACUACGCUCUCAGGAGUGCAGGAGGAAUCUGCUCUUUGCUAUCUGUUGCAAGUAGAUGAAUUCCGUUUUCUUUUGGACUGUGGCUGGGAUGAAAACUUUUCUAUGGACAUUAUUGAUUCUCUGAAGAAACAUGUACACCAGGUUGAUGCUGUUCUUCUUUCUCAUCCUGACCCUCUACACCUUGGUGCUCUUCCUUAUGCAGUUGGAAAAAUGGGAUUGAAUUGUGCCAUUUAUGCAACUAUUCCUGUAUAUAAAAUGGGACAGAUGUUUAUGUAUGAUCUCUACCAGUCCCGCCAUAAUACUGAAGAUUUCACUCUCUUUACCUUGGAUGAUGUUGAUGCAGCCUUUGAUAAGAUACAGCAACUGAAGUUUUCUCAAAUUGUCAACUUGAAAGGCAAAGGACAUGGUUUGUCAAUCACCCCAUUGCCAGCUGGCCACAUGAUUGGAGGCACAAUUUGGAAGAUAGUCAAGGAUGGAGAAGAAGAAAUUGUUUAUGCAGUUGAUUUCAACCACAAGAGGGAGAUCCAUCUGAAUGGAUGUUCCUUGGAAAUGUUGAGCAGGCCUUCAUUGCUCAUUACAGAUUCAUUUAAUGCUACUUAUGUACAACCCAGGAGGAAACAAAGGGAUGAGCAGUUACUGACUAAUGUUUUGGAGACAUUACGAGGUGAUGGAAACGUGUUAAUAGCUGUCGAUACAGCGGGCAGAGUUCUGGAACUUGCUCAACUUCUUGAUCAGAUCUGGAGAACGAAAGAUGCAGGCUUAGGAGUCUACUCUCUAGCACUAUUAAAUAACGUCAGCUACAAUGUAGUGGAAUUCUCUAAAUCACAGGUUGAAUGGAUGAGUGACAAGCUGAUGAGAUGCUUUGAAGACAAGAGAAACAAUCCUUUUCAGUUCCGCCAUCUUUCCUUAUGUCAUAGCCUGUCUGAUCUGGCUCGAGUGCCUAGUCCAAAAGUUGUUCUUGCCAGUCAGCCUGACUUGGAGUGUGGUUUUUCUAGAGAUCUUUUCAUUCAGUGGUGCCAAGAUUCCAAAAACUCUAUCAUUUUAACUUACCGCACUACAGCCGGGACAUUAGCACGAUUCCUGAUUGAUAAUCCUUCUGAAAAAGUUAUAGAUAUUGAGCUGAGAAAACGUGUCAAGUUGGAAGGAAAAGAACUUGAAGAAUACCUAGAGAAGGAGAAACUCAAGAAAGAAGCAGCUAAGAAGUUAGAACAAUCCAAAGAGGCAGAUAUUGAUUCCAGUGACGAGAGUGAUGCUGAAGAGGAUAUUGAUCAGCCAACGGUACAUAAGACCAAACAUGAUUUGAUGAUGAAAGGCGAAGGAAGCCGGAAAGGAAGCUUCUUCAAACAGGCCAAGAAAUCUUAUCCGAUGUUUCCAGCCCCUGAGGAAAGAAUUAAAUGGGAUGAAUAUGGCGAGAUUAUCAAACCUGAGGAUUUUCUAGUUCCAGAACUUCAAGCAACAGAAGAAGAAAAAAGCAAAUUAGAAUCUGGUUUGACAAAUGGAGAAGAGCCUAUGGACCAGGAUUUAUCAGAUGUUCCUACCAAAUGUAUUUCUGCAACAGAAUCCAUGGAAAUUAAAGCCAGAGUUACAUACAUCGACUAUGAAGGACGCUCAGAUGGGGACUCAAUUAAAAAAAUCAUCAACCAAAUGAAGCCAAGGCAGCUGAUUAUUGUCCAUGGACCACCUGAGGCAAGUCAGGACCUUGCAGAAUGUUGCAGAGCUUUUGGUGGAAAAGAUAUUAAGGUUUACAUGCCGAAACUGCAUGAAACUAUAGAUGCAACCAGCGAAACUCACAUUUAUCAGGUCAGGUUAAAAGAUUCUCUUGUCAGCUCCCUUCAGUUCUGUAAAGCCAAGGACGCUGAGCUGGCUUGGAUAGAUGGUGUUCUGGACAUGCGGGUUUCAAAAGUGGAUACCGGAGUUAUUUUGGAAGAGGGAGAGCUAAGGGAAGAUGAAGAGUUAGAGAUGCAAGUGGAUGUGCCUUCAUCAGACUCUAGUGUUGUUGCACAACAGAAGGCCAUGAAAAGUCUCUUCGGUGAUGAUGACAAGGAGAUGUGUGAGGAGAGUGAGAUCAUUCCCACGUUAGAACCUCUGCCACCUCACGAGGUUCUUGGACAUCAGUCUGUGUUUAUGAACGAGCCAAGGCUAUCUGACUUCAAGCAAGUUCUCUUGCGAGAGGGUAUACAAGCUGAAUUUGUAGGAGGAGUGCUUGUGUGCAACAAUCUAGUAGCUGUUCGCAGGACCGAAACAGGGCGCAUUGGAUUGGAAGGCUGUCUCUGCCCAGACUUCUACAGGAUAAGAGACCUUUUAUAUGAGCAAUAUGCUAUUGUCUGAGGAAAGUGACACAAAGAUGUUUUUACUUGGAACUUUUAAAGACAAUAGGAAUUUCUCCCAGUUUUCACUUUUUGUAGUUUUCUAAUUUAUGCAGGGGAAACUUCAUAAACAACAACUAACUACCCUGAACAUGUAAAUAUCUGCUACUCUCAUUCUUUCUAAAUCUGUUGGUACAUUCCUUGUUGUCAAUUCAAAAACCGUAUGACAUUAAAUGAGUUGAUCACUAAGAACCCUUCUCUCAGGAAAGGUUCAAUAUGUCAGGACAGACUUUGGUUUCAUAGAUUCCCUGCCAAAGAGUACAAAAUACGACUUUUAUAGUAAUUUUUCUGUUUCAAAAUAAGAUUAAAUAGGGAAUUGCUAGCUUCUUUUGGUUUUGUUCUUUUCUGUGUUUUGUGUGGUUGGUUGAAUUUUCAUCCAUGACAUCUUCUUUUAGUAACUUCAAUUUAGGAACAGCCUUGAAUGUUGUUGGUUUUUUUUUAGUUGUGUUGGUUGGUUUAUGUGUUUAUUUUUUUUUAAAUGGAGGUUGGUUAAAGUAAAUUUUGGAUAAGACCACUUAAAAUGAGACUACCAAAACUUUCCCCUAGUAUUAGUCUGGUUGCAUCUUAAUGUGGUGUUUGCUCCAUGUUAAAUAUUUUGUUUCAGAAAGCAUUUAGUUUUCUAUAUGAAGUAUUAACCUGCAGUAUCAAACAAUUACUUUGUUUGGAAAGAUAGAAUCAUAUUCUAACAAGACUAGGUAGAUAUUGCCAGGUAGUUUAAAAUCUAGUAAUUGUAUGCUUCAGAGUAACUGCUAUACGAAUCUGUUGAGUUUGUAACUUCUAGUUUUUGCACAGUUAUUCCAGUUAAAAAUAUUUUCUGAGGUUUUUUUAAUCCUAAAGCUUUUUCUAUGCACAGCUAUUAGGUCCAGAGUGCCAUGAGUCAAGUUCAGAAAAAUUCAAUUUCUGAAAUCUGAGUUGGCCUGAUAUAUGUAAGCAAUACUGUUGUGCCAUGUUUCAUUUCAGUUGCUUGAUUUCUGCCAUUUUUCAUUCUAGUUAACAGUAGGACUUGCUGUAGCUGCUGAUGCUAAGAAUUGACUUUACCUUCUAGGUGAAUAUGAGCACAGUUUGAAGCGCCUUAAUUUCUCAGAAGUUAACAUAUGUGAACAAAUGGCCAUUGAAGAGUUUAAUCCUUUUCUUCCCUUCCCAUAUGUGAUCCACCAGCUUUGUCAGUGCAGGGCUGCUUGCCUGUUCUUACAGACAACAGCAAUGCAAUAUAUGCUGUCUGUGUGUAUGUUUGAAUAAAACCUUUGGAAAAACUGUCAAAUAA